AUGGGGUUCAUGUUGGAGCCAAAGUAUCCUCAAGAAAAAUGGAUCUAUUCCAAGGCGUUUAGCGCUGGAGUAUCAUUCUUUGUGGCAGGAGUCAACGAUGGAAGCCUGGGAUCUCUCACCCCAUACAUAAUACGCUCUUACAAUGUAGACACGAACAUGGUGGCUAUCCUAUACGGCAGUACCUUUCUCGGCUGGCUCUUUGCCGCCCUUUCCAACAGCACAAUAACUCAAUACCUAAACUUGGGACCCAUCCUGUGCCUGGGCGCAGGUUUCCAAGUCAUAGCACACGUCUUACGAGUCUGGACGCCUCCAUUUCCAUUGUACGUCAUAACCUUCUUCCUCGCCAGCCUCGGGCAGGCCUACAACGACGCUCAUGCCAACACGUAUAUUUCAUCAUUGCGUGCUGGCCACCGCUGGCUGGGCUUUAUCCAUGCUAUGUACAUGGCUGGGUGUCUUGUCGGUCCGUUCAUAGCCACUGCGGUUGGAUCGGCGAACUCGCAAUGGUGUCUCUUUUACCUUUUUCCGCUUGGCAUUGGGUUGAUCAAUCUCGCGCUCGUUGCCGUUUCAUUCCGAGAUUAUAUGGGUCCUACGCCAAAGAAGCAGCUUAUGGCCGAGUCGUCUAUGUCGGCGCUGAAGGAGAUAGGGUAUACCCUUUCUAAACCCGGCGUCUGGUUGCUUAGUCUCUUUUUCUUUUUCUUCCUGGGGGCUACUAUUACUAGCGGCGGCUGGAUGGUUGAAUACCUUGUCCAGGUCCGAAAAGGGGAUGUCACAGAGAUGGGCUACAUCCCUUCAGGCUUUUAUGGUGGUGCUUUUCUUGGACGCCUUCUUCUCCCCGAACCAACACAUCGACUGGGUGAACGUAAAAUGGUCUUCAUCUACGCUGUGCUGUGUGUUGGAUUGCAACUGGUGUUCUGGCUUGUUCCGAAUAUCAUCACCGAAGCCGUGGCAAUCAGUUUGCUAGGCUUCUUUUCCGGACCAUUCAUGGUGGCAGGCAUAUCGGUAGGAUCAAGAAUCUUCUCACCUGAAAUAAAAUCCUCGGCAAUUGCGUUCGUUUUCACCUUCGGCCAGAUCGGUGGGUCUAUCUUCCCUGCCGUGACUGGUAUUAUCGCGGCCCAGGCCGGCGUUGAGGUGCUGCAGCCUAUCCUUGUUGGGUUACUCGGUGCAGCGGGCAUCAGCUGGUUGACUAUACCGAUGCAUGGAGAGACGCAUAAGGAUUAG